UGGCUCAAGCCGUUCUGGGCCAAGGUCUUGGCCCGCAGCGGGGGUAUGUUUCCUAAGUUCCCUUUGCUUCGUAUGGUUCGCCCGAGGCGUGAGGCUACCAUCACGCGUUCGCUAAUUAGUUGCUCAUUAUGGCAUCUCUCUUGUGGGCGCCCCGUCGCAGUGAUCAGGUCAAGAGCGGAUGGGUGGUCAGAAGAAGUACCUCGUCUGCUCCAGGUGCCACUGUUGUGGUUGGGCCUGGAAGGCGUCUAUUGCUCGCCAUUGCAUGCAAUGUGGUAGCACAUUCAAGUGUGAGCACGUCAUGGCUGCAGAUGGCAAUGGCGCAGGACGUGACAACGGUCACACUUCGGCAUCAGCUCACACGCCUAGUCUGCACGCUGGAGGGCGUCGCCCCGUGGGCCCAGCUGGCCCCCUGGCCUCGGCAAGCCAGGCGCGAGCGUCACUUCCGCAGCGGAUGACCGACCUCCUCCCAGCAGCAGGACAGCGACCCAUUGGUUUCGGCGCAGGCUGAGGUCACGUUUUGGACGAAGUGGAAGCCCAAUGGAGAAGAGCACCAGGAGGCGCCGCUGUGCAAACUCAAGGAAGCCAAGGCCCGGGUGCUGCCCACGAAGUUCAUCGAGCAGCAGGCGCAGUCGCCUUCAGAGCAGCUGGCAGUGCAGCGCCACAAGCUCAUAGAUCAUAGAGCACAAGAAGGAAGCACCACCUUGGUAGACCGCAUCGUCUAGUGCAGCGAGCGCCACGGCAAGCUGGUUGAUGACAUCCAGUCUGCGACCGCCGAGAUGCAACAGAUGGAGUCCCAGCUCAACUUGGCGACCCAGGCGCUGGCGCAAGAUAAGUCCAAGGAUGCCAACCUGCUUGAAACCUUGCGAGGCGAGCUGUCUGAUCGCAUGCCCCAAGGAGGCCAAGCGCCGUUUGAGCUACGUUCUAAGGUGCAGGAGCUGGUCAGCUUUUUCGACACCAUGCAGCGCCGGCACGAUAUGGUCACAGCCCAGCAGGACGCCAAGAAGACACCGGUUGCCCAGGCACCUGCCGAUGGAGUUGAAGCUGUUGAAGACCCGACCCCAGCAGUUGGCCAGCGACCUCAUGAAGUUCUUCCACCGGAAGCUGCCGCACCCCUUACUGCCGCAGUGGCUUUUGAUGCUGGGGCAACGCCUGCACCUCACAACGAUGAUCUGAAUUCCAUGGAUACCGAUCGCAGCCUGGUCCGUUCCGCCGCCGCCAUCGAGACGGUGGCCAGCGGCAUGACCAGGGUCACCAGCGCAGGGCAGCCAGAGGCCAAGAAGGCCGAGACUGCCGCCACCGCUGCGGCGAAGCAAGCGGCCCGACCGCGUGGGUAACAUUCACGCAGUUGCCACGGUCAAUGGAUAGUCGGUGAAGUCUUUGUUCCAGUGUCGGCAUGCCCACUCUCUCACCACUGUGUGUGCGCAGGAGUGUAGGCUCGCCGCUGGAGAUAGUAUCGCGCAUCUAAUACAGUGGUGUUCCGCCCAGGGGUGGUUAGCCACCAUUUGUCGCCGACAACCCAUAUGAGGAGCUGGUCUCGGGAGUGGCGAUUUUGGUUCUGCAUACUUUGAAUCUUGGAAUCCAGCCCAGUGAGUCCCCUAGCGGAACGGGUUCCGCUCGCUUGCAUGACUUGACCCUUGACGCUCGUAAGGUCCCCAAGCUUUCCCUGUGCGGCGCCUUCUUUGAAUCUUUGUGACCUUCGCUGGUCUUUCUGAUGCCCACUUAACUUUGCUCGUGCUGGUCGGUCA